CGUUGAUGAAAGUGGACUGGCUAGCCCACAUUCCCGAACAUACUUGGCGGGAAUAGUCCGAGCCCGAGAACUUCACCUCAUAUCCUGCUGCAAGGGAGCAAGCAGACAGGACACCGAGCGCGAUCGCCUGCAGCUUCGAAUUUUGGCGCAUCCAGAAAGCGUUUGUUGUGGUUUGUUUCGUGAAGGCUUCUCGUCUUUGUCUUGUCCACGCCAAUUACUGCGCUCAGUUUCAAUAAGUAACCGGGAAGCACUGGUCUAUAUCAUCAGCGGUGAACUCGAAAGUCAAUAGCUGCUCACCACUGACCCCAAAAUGCUCGGCGACGAAGAGGACGUUUUUGAUAGUGUCACUUGGGAGUCACCUUCGGCACCCUAUGACGCCGAUCACACCGUCCAACCAUCCGGCCCAGGUUUCAAGCAGAGCACGGCAGGGACAGAGGAUGAACGAGGCCCACACGAUCCAAAGUGGGAGGGUUAUCUUAUUGUCACCGUCAAGGAUCCUGUAAAGGAGCUUGCAGAAACUAAAGACGCAUACGUCUCCUACCUAGUCUCGGCAAAGACCAAUCUUCCAAUAUUCUCUACUCCUAAUCCUUUCUCUCGUCGACGAUUCCAGGACUUUGUAUUUCUGCGAGACCACCUCGUAAAGGAUUUCCCAGCAUGCGUGGUACCCGCUCUCCCUGACAAGCACCGGUUAGAAUACCUGACGGGUGAUCGCUUCAGCCCGGAGUUUAUGGAACGCCGCAGACUAGACCUUCACCGCUUCCUUGAACGGAUAUCCCGACACCCAACCCUACAACGUAGUACCCUCGUCCGUGCAUUCUUCGAGUCAACAGAAUGGCACGUUCAUAUGCACCAACAUCUCGCACACCCUCCAGGGCCAGAACCCACACCAGGACUCAUCGAUAACAUCUCAGACACCCUUCUCAACGCGUUUGCACGAGUACGCAAGCCCGACGAACGCUUUCUCGACAUGCGCGAGUCUGUCGACAAAUUCGAGGAUGGUCUUGUUAUCUGCGAGCGCCUAUGGAACCGUACCCGUGGUCGCACAAAUGGUGAGCCUACUUUAUACAAGCGUAAGGGAGUAUCUGAGGCUGAACGAGGUGGCGGUCUCGCUCCUGGCGAAGAUCUGACAGCGGACUAUCACGAUCUAGCGGUCGCCGUGCAGGGACUUGGUUUUUUGGAAUCAGGGAUUACGGAUCCAUUGAAUCACUUCUCAAAUACCCUGCUCGAAUUCUCUGCAUUACUCAGACAUAAGACUCAAACGACCACAGACCCUUUCCUCGUCCAUCUUCAUUCACUACUCACCUACUCACAUGCAAACCGCGCGGUCUUGAAACUUCGUGAUCAGAAGCAACUUGAUUUUGAAGAAUUAUCGGAUUACCUCUCUGGAGUAACACAGGAACGUGAUCGGCUAUCUGCCGUUAUUUCAGGGCACGCAGGAAGUACCGGGCUGGGGCUGAGCGCAUACUUAAAGGACAAAGUAGACUCACUCAGGGGCGCAGAUGAUGAUCGGAGCCGAGUUGAGAAGAUGAGAAAGUUGGAUGUUAAGAUUAAAGAGCUGCAAGACGCCGUAACAACAGCACACGAGACAUCAGAUGCGUUCAGUGAUGAGACUCUGCGAGAGCAGACGAUAUUCCAAUACACGAAGGAAGCGGAGAUGAAAGAAAUGCUGGGCAACCUUGCAGAAGGUGAAAUUGAAUUUUAUCAAUCGGCGAUGGAGGAGUGGGAACGAAUUAUACCUGUCAUUCAACGUAUACGGGUGGACGUUUAGUGUUCAGUACUAACCUGAUCUAAUAUUUUCAUAUUCCGUUUUGCUGUCAUCUCGCACGUCAUGCAAGGACUUCGUUCGCAAUGUAUUA